UAAGACACAACUGAAGAGUUGAUGUGAUAUGCAAAUGCCACACCUCGGACUUUUCUCUUCGAUCAGCAUCAGGCGCAAAUCUGACUCAUAUUUAGGUCGAGGAGGAAACAGCUGAAUGAUGAGUGCUGCUCAGAGUCAAACAACACUGGAGUCCAAACUGGAGGCCCUGCAGUGCCACUUCACCUGGGAUCUGGACCCCAGCAAGGCCAUACUUUUACGUCGAAAGGAAAAGUUCGAAGACAUCGGCACCGAGGAGGGGAACAGCUGGCUGGGUCACAUUUACAACCUGCGGGGGUUCGUUCAGUACAAGCUGGGGUUCACCGAAGACGCCCAGAGUUUCUUCAACAAGGCUGCAGAGGCCUUCAGCAAGAUAAGAAACGCAGAUGAGGGUCCCUGGUUGGUGGUGAACUACGGGAACCUGGCGUGGCUGCACCACCACCUGGGAGACCAAGCAGAGAGUCAGGCUUACCUGUCAAAGGUCGACACCCUGAUGAAUAAAUACCCAUCUCCAUCCCAGGAUGAGCUCCAUCCAGAGAUCUACGCUGAGAAAGCCUGGACCCUGAUGAAGUUCAGCAAAGAACAAAAGAAAGAGGCUGCAGAUUACUUCCAGAGAGCCAUCAGGAUGCAGCCGGACAUGGUGGAGUGGAACAGCAGCUAUGUCUUAGGGUUAGUGGGCUCUUUCAGGCAAAACAAUAAGGUGGAGGCUGACCUCUUGGAGAAAAUGAGAAUCGCCAAGGAACAGGAUCCAGAGAACUUGUACCUCGCUGCCCUCUACCUUAAUCAAUGUGCUCAGAAAGGAGAAAGUAUUGAAGAUGAAGCACAUGAAGGCAAAUUUGCAUAG